AUGCAGUUUAUUUGUCUUUUUUUUUUUUUUUUUUUGUCUUUUUGUCUUUUUUUAUGUGUUUCUUUUCUCAGAUCUUUAAAAAAAAAAACAGGUUUCCCUCUCCGCCAAGCGCUUUUUUUUUGUUGUUUUUUCUUUUCUUUUUUUUUUUUUUCCUUUUUUUUUUUUUUUUUUCUGGUGGGUUUUCUCCUUUUCUUGUCCUUUUUUAUAAUUUUUCUGUCUCCCGGGAUUUCCUGCGUCAGCCCUUUCCCCGGUGUCUCGUUGUGCCGUCCCGGGGGUGGGAAGCGGGGGGGAAGCGGGGGUCGCUGGGAUGGGGAUGCGGUGCCGCUCGCUGCUCCUCGGGGCGGCGCUGGGGGCCAGGCGGGUGGCGAUGGUGGCCUCGGUGAUGUCCCCUGGAGCUCCUGGAGCUCCGCGGUGGCUUCUCUCCAUCAGCACCGUUCGGGUGUCCCCGGGGCCGGAGAUGCUUGGGGGAUCAGUGUCCUCAUCUCGCUGGGACAACGGGCACCUUCGUCCUCUUCCUCCUCCUCGUCGCGGGGGUCGCUCUGCUCUAAGGCACUGCCACGUCCCUGUGUCCCCUUCCCGGCCCCGCUGUCACCGCACGGGACGGGGGCGGCUCCUCCGGGACCCCUCCCCGCCGCAGUUCAGGCACUUGACGCGGGGCCGGGGGCUCCGGGGGGCUCCGGGGGGGCUGGCUCUGCCCUCGCCGUCGCUCGGGCUUCUCUGCUCCAUCCUUUUGUAUCCAAAAAGAAAAAAGAAGAAAAAAAAAAAAAAAAAAAAAAAAGCCAAACCCAAAAAAAAAAAAAAAAAAACAAAACCACCAAACCCAAAAACCCCAAACCAGCCGUCCCGGCAAGUCGGUGCCGGGGACUCCACCUCCUCCUCCUCUUCCUCUUUUUUUGUGAUUUUGUUUUCUUUUCUCUUCUUCUUUUUCCUCCUUUUUUUUUUUUUCUUUUUUUUUUUUUUUUUUUUAUGAUGAUUCCCUCUUAAAAGUGCAUUUCCUACAAAAUGUGCAACACGAGCGCACCCUGCCUCCCCCCCCCGGUACCUGUCCACAGGAAUGCAUAGCUCAAACACACGGACGCACGGCCCCCUGCCCCGUUAACCCCGGGCGCGGGGACACGGCUGGGGACACGGGGACACUGGGGACACGGCUGGGGACACGGCUGAGGACACACGGGCCCGGGCCGGUGCAGGCUUGGGGGAGGAAGGCGACCAGAGAGAUGGUGACCGGAGCCUCGGCGCGACCGUGGCCGCCGGGCUGCGACAGUCCCCGUGAUGGAACCGGGGUGCCACCGCCGCUGUGACGCGUGGGGCGAGGUGGGAGCGUCCCGACACCGACACCGACACCGUGUCCGAGCGGGAACCGAGGUGCCACCGCCGCCGCGACCGUCCCGGCUGUGCCCGUGCACCCGCUGGGGUCACAACCCCCCUCCUCCUGUGCCACCCGCUCCAUCCACUGUGCCACCGCACGACCGUCACCGCAGCGCGAUGUCACCGUGUCACCGCAGCGCGAUGGCACCGACCCCGGGGCGCUCGCACAGCACCGAGCGCCACCCGCCCGCCCGGGAGCGCCCCGCUCUGCCCCGCGGGGCUGCGGCAGCGGGAAGGGCUCCCCGGGAGGGGUUCCCGGGAGGAGUUCCCGGGAGGGCCCCACGAACCCCCGACAGUCUGGGGCCGGGGGGGUCGGCGGGGGAGGUUUUGAUCUUUGUUACUCACAUAGAGGCAAGAACGAGAGAGUCAAAGCCGUUUGCAUAUUGGGCGAGCGGCCGGCGGGGCCGGGAGGCAGCGCUGGCACCGCUCGUGUCAGGUCUCAGCGCGGCGCCGGCCCACGGGGUAAAGAAUAGUGUUUUUUCUUUCUUUUUUUUUUUUUUUCUUUUUUUCCUGUUUCUUUGUUUUCUGGCGCAUCGCCGGGGUGGGGGGGAAAGGUCCUCCUGGGAUGGGUUGUUGGUUUGUUUGUUUUUUUGUUUGUGGGGUUUUGUUUUUUUUUUUUUUUUUCUUCCAUUUUAAAACAGUUUGACCCUUUUCCUUCUUCCUUUCCCUUGCUCUUUCCUUCGGGUGUGGGUUUUGCUUGUCGUCGUCGUCGUCGUCGUCGUGAGGCCGCGCUCUCCGUCGUCACCGCAAGGCUGGGCCUGGUGCUCGGGGACGGGGAU